UUUUGAUCAAUAACAAGUAUUGUUCUACUGAAAAUCGUAUUAGUUUGUGUAAUACAAAAAAUUAGAAAUAAAAAUUUAAAGAAUGGCAUUCCUAGCAGAAGAUGUUGGAACUGCUCACCUUAAACUAGAUCCGCCGCUAUUUGUACCCUGUGAUUUGGAAAAAUUUCGUGAGCCGGGAAAGAAACGAGCACAUAACAAAGCCUGCGAAGAGGUGGACAAACUGAGUGCUGAAGAUGAAAUCAGUGUGUCGAGUAUUAUAUCGGCACUUUUACGACCCAUUGAAUCUUCUGAUGAUCAGUAUCGUGUUUGCGAUUGGGAAAUCGAUCCCAAGGAGUUUAUGCCUGUCAAACAGGCAAUUAUAUUCAAGGAAUCCCUGUUCAUAUCCAAAUUGAGGAAUACCAAUUGCAAACUGAGCGAAAAUGUAAAAGUAUUUUUCGAAAGAGAAUUAGAAACAAUUGGCAAAUUCUGUCUAAAUGUGGAGGAAGCCUAUGAUGGCUAUGUGGUCUAUAGCAGCAGUAAGAUGAAGAAGGGAAAGGGUAUUAUUGAGUGUGGACACCAAUUAAAGGGUAAAUAUGAUGAUAAAUUCCUAUUGAUUUGCGAGAAGCGUACGGAAUUCGAUCGCAUCGAUCAUGCUAAGAUCGAGAAAACAUUGGAGCUGCGAAAUCAUGCCGAUCUUCUGUUAACGGCAAUUCGCGAAACCAAAAUUAAUGAGGAAACGCAGAAAUUUAAGGCCACCAUCGAUAUCAAGGAUCGGGAUCAUAUAUUCGUGCUCGAUGGCGGCAUCAUGCUGCUUAUGCGCCAUUUGAUAUGCAACAGUUUCGUCGGAAACUUUGAAUACUACACCAUGAACCUCUAUGGCAGAGUACUGCGAUGUAACCUGUUGGUCCACAAGGAGCGCAAGGUUGUGCGCAUUUUCUAUCGCACCUACAAAAACACAGUGCACAUUGUGACCCAACAGUGCUUCAAUGAUGAGCUCCAGGAUGUGGCCGAAACGUAUAUGACUCCUGAGGGCCGAAUUGUUCUACACUUUUGGCGGGGUUAUAAUUAUAUUCUGCAUGCUGCCUGUGCUCCACCAAAGCGACAAGAAACUAUUGUACCCAAACUUGAGUUAAUGUGGCGACAGGAUAAUGUUUUAAGCAGAAAAUUUAAAGAAACGAAAGCCUUGAACUAUGAUAAUGCCACUAGCUACUUAAGCGCUCAUCCGGAACUGGCCGAUUAUAUGCAGGAUUAUGUUUUAAAUUUACUGCGCUACAAGCCAAACAAUGUACUCGAGUUCUCCAUCAUGUUCUUUCAGAAUAUGGCUCCCAAAGGUAAAAAGGAAUAAGACAAAUUUGUAUGUAGAUAAAGUGAAGUUAAAUUAAAGUCAAUGUAGUUCAA